GCAUGAGCUAUGGCGUCAUAACCUAGGUAUUGGAAAUAUUUUGAUGUGGCAUUAUACUGCAGCUAGCAACAUCAAAAGUAAUCAAGUAUAUUAUCUGCAUGAGUGGUCUGCAUGCACGGCGAUACUUAGAACUGAAAGUUUUGAUUUAGAACUGUUUAUAAAUAUUAACGAAAACGCAAAUUAAUUUCCUAGCUCACAAACUAGAAGCUAUCUGACUACACUUGCCUGGAGAGAGCUAGAUGUAUGGUUAGUACAUAGUACAGCAUGCAUCAUUGUUCUGCAAAAUUUGUAUUAUGCAUUGAUUUGAUGUAUAGUUGGAAAGUAAGCAACACAGGUGCCUUAUUCAUCAUUUGUUUUGCUUAAAGAUCUGGAAUUUUGAAUAGAAUUCACGCAUAAUUGAACACAGUAUUACUUCAUAUGAUUAGCACAUGGUUUUAAGCUGGUGUGAUUUAAAACUUUUUUCACAACCAUUGACUUCCAAUUAAGUAUUAACUUGAGUUAAGCUUUGUAAAAUCUAUGGCUGAGUUAGAACCACCAAAUAAGAAACAGAAAACAGUAGAAAUGGAUGAAGAGGGAAGUAGCCACAAAAAAGUUUGUAAAAAAUGCACUGCAAACAGGGCAUCCUUAAAAUAUGCUGGACCUUAUGUUCUUGGCCCAGCUAUUGGGAAUUCUCCAGUUAAAAGUAUUACACAAUGCUUAGCACGAAAAAUGGGAACACAGAAGUUUUAUUCAUUAAAAUUACUCACAGUUCGUGAUGGACCUAAGAAUCAACAUGAUGUGAAACAAGGUAAAAUGUUGAUCCAUGCCGAAUACUCAAUUCUGUCAUUGUUACAUGACCAAAAUGGUGUUAUUCAUACUCAUGGAUUAUUUGAAGACGAAGUUGAGGAACCAUUAUCUGAUAUCCGAAACAUUCCCAAUGUUCAAUUAAACAAAAAACCCAAAAGAUGUAAAAGAUUAUGUUUAGUUCUAGAUUGUUUAACAGCUCACGAUUACGGCUCAACAAGCCACGACCUGAUUAAUUUGCAACAUUAUGUUAUAAAGGAAAAGAAACUGCCCGAAAAAGAAGCACUUGUUAUUUUUUUAGAUAUUGUGCGGGUAGUCAAUGACUUGCAUGCAAAAAAUAUCAUUCAUCGUGACUUGAAGUUAGGAAACAUUGUCUUGAAUAAAAGGACAAAGAGAAUUACAAUAACAAAUUUUUGCCUUGGUAAACAUCUUGUUCGUGGUGAUGAUUUGUUACAUGAUCAACGUGGUAGUCCGGCAUAUAUUAGCCCUGAUGUUUUAAGUGGAUUGCCGUAUUCUGGAAAGGCAUCUGAUUUAUGGGCUCUCGGUGUUGUGUUGUUUACGAUGCUGUAUGGUCAAUUUCCAUUCUAUGACAAUGUUCCUCAUGAAUUGUUCAGGAAAAUAAAAUCUGCAGAAUAUACUAUUCCUAAUGAUAGAAGAGUGUCAGAUGAAACAAUAUUUCUAAUUCAUCGUCUUCUCACAUUGGAUCCUGCACAUAGAAUACAAGCAGUCGAAGCUCAGUCUCAUAUCCAAAGGACAAUUAAUACAUGGUAUUGCUCUUCAAUGUUAAAAGAUGAUAUUCAAAUUGUACCAGACAUCGAUCAGCAAGAUGAUUCUAAAAUAUCAGAAGAGGAGACUGUGUCAACUGAUCUGGGAAGCUAUACCGAGUCAGAGAAAAAACCUACUACACAACCAAAAACAGUCAGAUUAACUGAAACUGUAAAAAGACACGUGCAAUUAUUUCCCAAUCUCCACAGUAUGCCUACGAGAUCACCUGUUAUUCAAAGAUUAAACCAGGACGCGCAGAUGUUGACUGAGAAUGAAAUAGAAGUUUAUAGUAGAAGAAACAUAAUUAGAUUUUGUCAUUGAUUUGGCAGCAAAAUUGUUGGAAUUGAUAGUGGCGACCAUGGCAGUCUGUGAUUUAGUCUCGCACCAUAGUUUUACAGUGCAAAGUAAUAUAUUUUUUAAGCAAAGUAUGUACGAACAAAGAAGAUAUUUUUUCACCAAACUUUUGAUAUGAAAUAAACAGCAGUAUUUUUUCAGCUAUAAUUUGUGUGCGUACGAUUAUAUUUCAACUUUAAGUAUAGUUGGUUUUUUACACGGGUGCUUUUUUUCAUUUUCAUUUUUUUUUUUUUUUUAUUAACAGUAAAGAAAAAGCAGUACAAUCUUUUCUGUUAUAAAACUUAGAAAAAAGUUAGGGAUUUUAAAGAAAUAUGGACGGGAUUUCAUGGUUUGUAUAUCUAGAAAUUUUCAUCUGUGUCAACCGAACAUCUCAUUUUGUGAGGAAGCUUUUACUAAGAUUGGGUAGGACAAAAAAGGUUGAAUUGGUCGGUAUAUAUGUCAGAAGUUUUUGAUUUUGUAGAGUAAACUGCUUUAGGCGUCUACGAGAUUGUUUUGUAAUAAAUAUAGCUUGAUAAGCAAUCUUUUAGCGCCAUCUGUACGUAUAUACAUAUAACCUUGUUACAAAUAUUUUUAUAUAUACAUAUAUUAUGGGUUUUUUUACAGUGUGAUGUAAACUCGAUUGUUUUCCUGUAAAUUUUUUCUCACCUGUUUUAUUUAGAACAAUAUUUUUCAUUUCAUAUUCGUUCGGCUUUAAAACGAGGAAAGUUCAAGCGAUGCUGCUGAAACAGUAAUUCAGUAACUUUGGCUUCAACCUUUUUUUCCCGUGAUAAUUUUUCUUGUUUUUUGGUGAUACCUCCUAAUUUUUGAAAACAGAAAAAGUAUUAACAUAA